UCCUUCAAAAAAAAAAACAAAGAAAAAACCCAUGUUUGAGAGUGUCUUCGUGUUCCUAUACAGAUCACUUUCGAGAUUUACUUUGUCGGAAAGUAAAACAAACUUGUGACCAAGGGAGUCUGACGAGUGCAUGACAGAAUCGAUGGCUCCAUGGCCACCAUGAUUGGACUUCAGAAACGCUUCAUCUCAGCUAAUGUGCGCCGCUCAACACUCCAUUGUGACAAAAUUGGUUCUUCAUUAUCUGUUGCUUGUGUGCAACAUUUCAAGCACGAAAGUAGCUAUUAUAAGGGCGCUCUUGUUGCGUGUUUGAGUAAUAAGAGAAUUUUUAGCAGCAAUGCCAGUAGCCAUGCUCCUGAUAACCCUUCUAAAAGAUUUGGUAAUGGUGGUGGCAUGUUGAAAUUCACAUCUGAGGAAACACACUCGGUUCUUGAAGCACCAUGCCUCCAACACUGGUUUAAAAACUGGCAGACACUUAGGAAACAGAAGCUGACAGCUAGUACUUUUGCUGCGGCCAUUGGGUUUUGGCAUAAGCGAAGAUCUCAGCUAUGGUUAGAGAAGAUUGGUGCUAUAGAACCAUUUUCUGGAAACCUUGCCACAUGUUGGAGCAAUAUCAAAGAGGAAGAAGCACUUGAAAGAUACAAACUGAUAACUGGAAAUACUGUAUUGUUUUCUGAAUUUCAGGUCUAUGAUUCAAAACCAGAAGACAGUUGGCUUGCUGCUUCACCGGAUGGUAUAAUUGACAGGAUGGUAUAUGAUUUGCCUUCUCGUGGUGUACUGGAGGUUAAGUGUCCGUAUUUCGAUGGAGACAUGAGUAAAGCUUUGCCUUGGUAUCGAAUUCCAGUUCACUAUAUUCCUCAAGCUCAGGGUUUAAUGGAGAUUCUAGGAAGGGACUGGAUGGAUUUUUAUGUUUGGACUGUUAAUGGUAGCAGUCUAUUCAGGAUAUAUCGUGAUCCAGAGUAUUGGGAUGUAAUGAAAAUAGCACUUUCUGAUUUCUGGUGGAAGCAUGUUCAGCCGGCAAGAGAGUCGUAUAGUAGCAGUGUUAUAAAAGAUCCUCUUUUUCAAUUAAGAUCACUAACACCAGCCCCUAAACAUGAAUUAUGUCGUGAUAUAGUUUAUAGAAGUAAACAUAUUGUUGAUAAUUCUAAUUUGUUGAUCCGGGAAAUACAUGGGAAAAUGACAAAUUGAUUCCUCCAGCUGUUAGAGCUGAGUCAUUAGUUUAGUAACCAAUUCUUUUGCUGCACAUUCUGUAAUAUUUGAGUGGUUGGUUUAAAUCAAUAUAGUCUAUGAAGAUAUUGAUUUUGCUGAAGUGAACUGUGGACUGACGUUGAUUAUAUAACCAUAUACGAAAAGUGUUACAGAUUUCAAGUGUUAUGUUAAAUAUGAGUUACUGCUAGAAAGUGCAGAAAGACAAAUUUAGCUGGUUGUAGAACAUUUAUAAUUUGAGACACUUGAUUGUUUCAAACGUUUACAUUGGUCACGAAAAUUCGAUGAAA